CGCUCGCUUGUGCACGCUCGCGUAAUCAUGCGCGCUCGUCCCCGUAUCAGCAGUAAGAGGAGGGAAUGGAGUAAAGAGCAGGAGUGAAGUGAUUCAGUGUACAGCGCUAAAGCCACACAAUACACACCACCGAUUCUGCGGGUGUUGCCGAGAUGAGUGAGGAGCGCUGAUGGUGACGAUGAAGCCCAGAAUAAGUGCUGCCUGGAUCCACAGCUUCGUGCCAAACACACACCCUUGAGCUUUCGAAGAGCUGGACGAAAAAUGAGAUAAACACUGGACGAUCGGAGUCUCAGCAUGGCAGGACUGCAGCUGGUGACCCCUGCCUCCUCUCCCGUGGGGCCUUUCUUCGGCCUGCCGUGGCAGCAGGAAGCUAUUCACGACAACAUAUACACCCCAAGAAAAUAUCAGGUUGAACUUCUCGAAGCAGCUCUUGAACACAACACUAUAGUCUGCUUGAACACAGGCUCAGGGAAGACGUUUAUCGCAGUACUUCUUAUUAAAGAGCUCUCCCACCAAAUCCGCCAGGACGAUGGGAGGAGGACCGUGUUCCUGGUCAAUACAGCUUCAUCCGUGGUUCAGCAAGCCUCCACUGUGAGAACCCAUUCGGAUCUUCGGGUUGGGGAAUACGUAGAGAAUCCGGCAUCAUGGACCGAGGACACUUGGGAAGAACAGAUAAAGGAAAACCAGGUGCUCGUUAUGACCUGCAACAUCUUUCUGCACAUGCUGAGCUUUGGGGUCUUGCCACUCUCGCAGAUCAACCUGGUCAUUUUCGACGAGUGCCACCUCGCAAUAACGGACCAUCCCUAUCAGGAAAUAAUGAAGAAAUGUGAGGACAGUCCAGGCUCCCCACGCAUUCUUGGUCUCACCGCUUCCAUUCUGAAUGGCAAAUGUGACCCCUCUGACCUGGAGGAGAAGAUCCAGAACCUGGAGAAGAUCCUCAGGUGCAACGCCGAAACUGCCACAGAUCUUGUCGUGCUGGACAGGUAUGCUACCCAGCCUCGAGAAGUGGUGCUGGACUGCGGCCCUUAUCAGGACAACAGCGGUUUGUCCGAGAGGCUCCUGAACGAGCUGGACGACGCGCUCCAUUUCCUCAACGACUACAACUUAUCGACGCACAGGGAGGAUCGAGACCCCACCUUCAUCUCCAAACAGGUUCUGACCGACUGUAGGGCCGUCCUGACCGUGCUCGGCCCCUGGUGCGCCGACAAAGCCGCCGGCAUCAUGGUGCGCGAGCUGCAGAAGUACAUCAAACACGAGCAGACGGCGCUGAACCGCAAGUUCCUGCUCUUUGCCGACACCAUCCUGAGGAAACUGCACGCCCUCUGCGAGGAGCACUUCUCCCCGGCGUCGCUCGACCUCAAGUUCGUCACCCCCAAAGUGAUCAAGCUGUUGGAGAUCCUGCACGAGUAUAAACCGUUCGAGAGGCAGCAGUUCGAGAGCGUCGAGUGGUACAACAACCGCAACCAAGACAACUACGUCUCGUGGAGCGACUCGGAGGAUGAUGACGAGGACGAGGAGGUCGAGGUGAAGGAAAAGCCAGAGGCCAACUUUCCCUCUCCCUUCACCAACAUCCUCUGCGGCAUCAUCUUUGUGGAGAGGCGGUACACGGCCGUGGUUUUAAAUAGGCUUAUAAAGGAAGCAGGGAAGCAAGAUCCAGAGCUGGCCUACAUCAGCAGCAACUUCAUCACCGGCCACAGCAUUGGCAAGAACCAGCUCCGCAACAAGCAGAUGGAGGUGGAAUUCAGAAAGCAAGAGGAAGUUUUGAGAAAAUUCCGGGCGCACGAGACCAACUUGCUGAUCGCCACCAGUAUCGUCGAGGAAGGCGUGGAUAUCCCAAAGUGCAAUCUGGUAGUCAGGUUCGACUUGCCCACAGAGUACCGGUCCUAUGUGCAAUCCAAAGGCCGGGCGCGUGCUCCAGUCUCCAAUUACAUCAUGCUGGCUGACAGCGAACGCACAAAAGCCUUCGAGGAGGACCUCAAGACUUACAAGGCUAUUGAGAAGAUUCUCAGGAACAAGUGUUCCAAGUCGGCGGAGUGUAAAGAGUAUGAGGUGGAGUCCAUACUGGAUGAUGACAACAUCCUCCCUCCGUAUUCGUUACGGUCUGACGACGGAGGCCCCAGGGUCACCGUCAACACGGCGAUCGGCCAUGUUAACCGAUAUUGCGCAAGACUUCCCAGUGACCCUUUCACUCACCUGGCACCCAAGUGUAAGACUGCAGAGCUGAAAACAGGAGUGUAUCAGUCCACACUCUUUCUGCCAAUCAACUCUCCCCUCAGAGAGCCCAUUACUGGACCCCCGAUGCCCUGCGCGAGGCUCGCCGAGAAAGCCGUCGCUCUCGUGUGCUGUGAGAAACUUCACAAAAUAGGCGAGCUGGAUGAUCAUUUAAUGCCGGUGGGAAAGGAGACGGUGAAAUAUGAAGAGGAGCUGGACUUGCACGAUGAAGAGGAAACCAGCGUCCCAGGAAGGCCAGGCUCCACUAAGAGGAGGCAGUGCUACCCAAAAGCUAUCCCAGAAUGCCUGCGAGGCAGUUACCCUGUGCCAGAGCAGUCCUACUACCUGUACGUGAUUGGGAUGGUUCUGACCACACCCCUUCCAGAUGAGCUCAACUUCCGGCGGAGAAAGCUGUACCCCCCCGAGGACACCACCAGAUGCUUCGGCAUUCUCACAGCUAAACCGAUACCUCAUAUUCCUCAUUUUCCUGUGUAUACCCGCUCCGGGGAAGUGACCAUCUCCAUUGAGCUGCUGAAGUCAGGCUUUAGCCUGAGCUCGUCGCAGCUGGAGCUCAUCACUCGCCUGCACCAGUACAUCUUUUCUCACAUCCUCCGCCUGGAGAAACCUGCACUGGAGUUCAGGCCCACCGAGGCUGACUCGGCCUACUGCGUUCUACCUCUCAACGUGGUUGCGGAUUCCAGCACAUUGGAUAUGGACUUCAAGUUCAUGGAGGAUAUUGAAAAAUCCGAAGCGCGAAUCGGCAUUCCGAAUACUCAGUACACAAAGCAGAACCCAUUUAUUUUCAGACUGGAGGACUACCAGGAUGCUGUCAUCAUUCCAAGGUACCGUAAUUUCGACCAGCCGCAUCGCUUCUACGUAGCCGACGUAUACACGGACCUCACGCCUCUCAGUAAAUUCCCUUCGCCCGAGUACGAGACGUUCGCCGAGUACUACAAAACCAAGUACAACCUGGACCUGUCUAACGUCAACCAGCCGCUAUUAGACGUCGACCACACGUCCUCCAGACUGAAUCUUUUAACCCCUCGGCACCUGAAUCAGAAAGGCAAGGCGCUCCCUCUGAGCAGUGCAGAGAAGAGGAAGGCCAAGUGGGAGAGCCUGCAGAACAAACAGAUUUUAGUUCCUGAACUGUGUGCCAUUCAUCCAAUCCCCGCUUCUCUGUGGAGAAAAGCCGUGUGCCUUCCCAGCAUCCUCUACCGGCUGCACUGCCUCCUGACAGCCGAGGAACUUCGGGCUCAGACGGCCAUCGAUGCCGGAGUGGGCGUUCAGAGCCUGCCACCCGGCUUCAGAUAUUCGAAUCUAGACUUUGGAUGGAAGAAAUCCAUCGACAGCAAGUCCUUCAUUUCCUGCCCCAGCACCUGCACAGAGGAUGACGACGACGACGAGGAAGACGAUGGCGAUGACGAUCACUGUAAAAUCGCCGUGAGCUCAGCAGUCCCAGAUCUCACUGCCCAGGAAGACCUCAGCACAGUCUCAUCCGAGCCCAUAGAGCGUGCCGUCUCGCAGGAGAACUGUAACGCACCGGAUGUAGCGCCAGAGAUGUGCGCCCACAGAGCCCAGCUAUCGGAAGAACCCGGGAGCCCGUGCGAGCGCUCCAGGAACCUCAGCAAUUGCCUAAACUGCCAACUAGCGAGUGACGUAUCGCCACAAACCACUACCUCAGUUCCGAGCGACGAGCCCCAGGACGGCCAUGAAUGUAACCCAGAUGGGAAAUCGGAUUUCCCCGAUGGACGCGUGAAGAAACCUACCUCAGAGCGUUGGCUCGCUUGUGGAACGCCAACCAGCACCGAAGCACCUUCUACAGCGUCGUCGUCGGCACAGCUCCAGACCGUAGCGUUACCCGGGGACUGUGUGAAAACUCUGGGCCCCAACCCGGGGCUCAUCCUGCAGGCCCUGACUCUCUCCAACGCCAGCGAUGGGUUUAAUCUGGAGCGUUUGGAGAUGCUGGGCGACUCGUUCCUCAAACACGCCAUCACCACCUACUUGUUCUGCACUUAUCCCGAUGCCCACGAGGGACGGCUCUCGUACAUGAGAAGCAAGAAGGUCAGUAAUUGUAACCUGUACCGCCUCGGGAAGAAGAAAGGUCUGCCCAGUCGGAUGGUAGUGUCCAUCUUCGAUCCCCCAGUCAACUGGCUUCCCCCAGGCUACGUAGUGAACCAGGACAAGAGCACCACUGACAAGUGGGACUCGGAUGAGGCGAAAGAAGACCUUGCCAACGGAAAGGCCGCCAAGGACGACUUUGACGACGAGGACGACGUGGACGACGACGAGGACCUGAUGUGGAAGGAGCCCAAGGACGAGGUGAACGUCGAGGACGACUUGGAGUACUACCACGAGCACAUCAGGUUCAUUGACACCAUGCUGAUCGGCUCUGGCGCCUUCGGGAAGAAGUUCCCCCUCGGCGUGUUCCCGUCAGAACCCAGCUGCGACUGGAAAGCGCCCAAGAAGGCAAUGUUUCCCUCGGACGGCAACCACGACGACUUCGACUACAGCUCCUGGGACGCCAUGUGUUACCUGGACCCGAGCAAAGCAGCCGAAGAGGACGAGUUUGUCGUGGGUUUCUGGAACCCGGCCGAGGAAAACUGCGGCGCCCAAACGGCCAAACAGUGCAUCUCGUACGACUUGCACACCGAGCAGUGCAUCGCAGACAAGAGCAUCGCCGACUGCGUGGAGGCCCUGCUCGGCUGCUACCUGACCAGCUGCGGAGAGCGAGCCGCCCAGAUGUUCCUCUGCUCGCUCGGCCUCAAGGUGCUGCCUGUGAAGAAGAGGAUCAAGUGGAAUACGGAUGGCGGCGACGGGGAAGACGAGUACGGUUGGCUGCAGAUCCCAGCGCGCUGCAUGUUCGAGCACCCGGACGCCCAGCGCACUCUCAACCACUUGAUCUCGGGCUUUGAGAACUUCGAAAAGAAAAUCAACUACGUGUUCAAAAACAAGGCCUAUCUCCUGCAGGCCUUCACGCACGCCUCCUAUCACUAUAACACCAUCACAGAUUGCUACCAGCGGCUGGAGUUCCUCGGUGAUGCGAUACUAGACUACCUCAUAACCAAGCACCUUUACGAAGACCCGCGCCAGCACUCCCCCGGCGUCCUGACCGACCUGCGCUCUGCGCUCGUCAACAACACCAUCUUUGCGUCGCUCGCGGUGAAAUACGACUACCACAAGUACUUCAAAGCCGUGUCGCCCGAGCUGUUCCACGUCAUUGAUGAUUUUGUGCAAUUUCAGCUGGAAAAGAACGAAAUGCAAGGAAUGGACUCUGAGCUUCGCCGAUCCGAAGAAGACGAAGAGAAAGAGGAGGAUAUUGAAGUCCCCAAAGCAAUGGGGGACAUCUUCGAAUCACUAGCCGGGGCAAUUUACAUGGAUAGCAAGAUGUCACUCGAGACCGUUUGGCAAGUGUAUUAUCCAAUGAUGAGGCCGCUGAUAGAGAAAUUCUCCGCCAACGUCCCUCGCUCGCCUGUGCGAGAGCUGCUGGAGAUGGAGCCGGAGACGGCCAAGUUCAGUCCGGCUGAGAGGACGUACGAUGGGAAGGUUCGCGUGACGGUGGAGGUGGUGGGAAAGGGGAAGUUCAAAGGAGUCGGGCGUAGCUAUCGCAUCGCUAAAUCAGCAGCGGCACGGCGCGCCCUGCGCAGCCUCAAAGCUAAUCAACCUCAGAACAUUACUGCAUUUCAGCUCCCGUCGUGAAAAAGAAAAGUUCCAGCGAGACCAACGCCGCGCACUUCUUUAUCUCAGCACCGGAUGUUAACGAAGCUCUCCUGUAAUCAAUGUGAAAUCGUUCGUAAGGUGCCACGCCCAUUUUUAUGACAUCAUCCAGCACUGCGAGGUAAAGCUCCUCCCACCGCAUAUAUACAGCGAUGUAAUCCUUUAUUGCGUCUUUGCGUUGUUGUUUUUGUUUUGUUUUUUUGUUUUCUGUGAAAAGGGGUUUCGACGUCAGGUUUUUUUUUUUUGUACAUGUAGCACAAAUGAGCAUUGCACUUGGGCACCAUACUUUACCUCAUGUCAGAAAGGAAAAACAAAAGUGUAUAUAUUACCGUUAAAUAAAAUAAAAUCGUGGUUUUGGCCUUUGCUGCUGUUCCACUGCUGGUAUUUUGCAAUUGUAUGAAAACAAAAACAAUAAAAAAAAAAUCAAUGAUCAGAA